AAUGGUUUCGCGCGCUUUCAUAAUUGGCGCUUGCGCGCUGGCGUUCGAACGUGGUGCAAGUGCAACGUUUUGGUGGUUGUGUUGACAAGUUGACAGCACUUCCAAGGCACUUCUCCGAAGGGUGGACGAUGGCGAAGAACACACUCUUUUCUUACUUCACCAAGGUCCCAAAACCCAGCAAUGGGGCUGUGGGGAAUGCAGAAGGCGAAAGGUCGUCGCUGGGAGCAUCGGGAGUGUCCUGUCCUUAUCGUCUUCACGACAUCAUUUGGGCCAAACUGGAAGGCUAUCCCUAUUGGCCAGCCAUUGUAUCAGCACCUCCUGGGGGAGCUUGCUUUGUGAAAAAACACAGCGCACAACCAUCGGUGCAUGUUUGUUUCUUUGACUCAUCCCCAUCUCGAGCAUGGGUCAAGAUAAGGCUAACCAAGCCGUUCACAGGCGCGGCUGAUCCACCUGCGCGUUCUACUGAUGCCCAUUGGAUCCGUGGUGUGGCAGAGGCUGAGAAGGCACUCUCUCUGGACCCGUCUGACCGUAUGGCGCUUCUUCCUGCGACUAAUGAUUCAGCUGCGAGCAACGGCACAGAUGAAGAGGAUGAGCAGCCGUCACCCAAGAAGCGUCGUAUAAUCUCGGACAGCAGCUCUGAGGACGAGUUCCAUCCAGGCCGAAACGAGGUCGAAAGUGAUUCAGACUCGAUCAGCAGUGGUGUGGACGAGGACACCAUCUCAGACCCGGCGCCUGAGUCACCUGAAAAAAGCCCCCCUCGCAAGCGGCCUACUUCCAAGUCAGCUGCAGUCCUCGCCAAGGUGAAGAAACCUGCUCCUGUGGCAGCUGUGACUAGCGGGACUUGGGCACACCUCUCUUAUGACUUCCUCAAAGAGGGCAAGCGCAGGGAUGCUGCUGGUCGCUUGGCCACCCACCCGGAGUUCAAUCCACACACACUGUUCAUCCCAGACAGCUUCAAAGCCAAGCUGACACCAGCCAUGCGUCAGUGGUGGGACAUGAAGGCAGAGCAUUUGGAUGUGAUCCUCUUUUUCAAGGUGGGCAAGUUCUACGAAUUGUACCACAUGGAUGCAGUGAUUGGAGUGGAAGAACUUGGCCUCGUCUUUAUGAAGGGGGAUUUCGCCCACUCUGGCUUUCCUGAAAUUGCUUAUGGCCGAUACUCGGAGGCCCUCAUUCAAAAGGGCUACAAGGUGGCACGAGUAGAGCAGACCGAGACCCCCCAGAUGAUGGAGGAACGAUGCCGCAAAAUGCACCGUCCAAGCAAGUUUGAUCGGGUGGUUAGGCGAGAGAUAUGUCGCAUCACGUGUCGGGCAACGCGGACCUUUGGAUCACAGGAUGGGCAGCUGUGCAACCCUGAGCUAGCUUACCUGCUUGCCAUUGUGCAUGGCCAGGCAUCAACUGUCACGGACUUUGGCAUCUGCUUUGUCGACACCUCUGUGGGCAAGUUUCACCUUGGCCAGUUCAGCGAUGACUCUUUCUGCUCCAAGCUGCGCACAGCUGUGUCCCAUCAUCCACCUGUUCAGGUGCUGUAUCAGAGUGACCCAACGCUGCCCGCUGGACUUCGCCAAGUGCUUGAGGGGCCUCUUCACUCAGUUCCUCAGCAGGCGCUCCGGCAAGGAAGGGAGCUCUGGGAUGUGUCACAAACACUGCGCCGUCUGCGAGAGGGUGCCUACUUUGGUGACGAGUAUCCUGCCGCCUUGCAGUCAUUCCUGGAUCCAGCUGACUCCACGCACUUGACUCCCCAAGAAAAUGGCUGUCUUGCUCUGAAAGCCUUGGGUGCCUGCAUUUGGUACCUGUCCGAGUCUCUGAUCGAAGAAGACGUUCUGACAAUGCGCAGCUUCGAGAAGUAUGUACCACCUCAGACCAGUCAAACUAGGCAGGACCUGAACAGCCUGAUUCUAGAUGGUGUGUGCCUGCAAAACCUGGAGGUGGUGCGAAAUUCAUCUGGUGGUACAGAGGGAACCCUACUGGCAACGAUGGACUUCUGCUGCACCCCAUUUGGCAAGCGGCUGUUCCAGCAGUGGCUGUGCUCCCCUCCAAGGCGUGUGGAUGUGAUCGAGGACCGGCAGCGGGCAGUUGAUGAUCUGCUGCGCUUCCCUCAUGAGGUUCAGCAGACACGUGAGCUGCUGUGCUCACUGCCAGACCUUGAGAGGCUGCUUGCCAGGAUUCACAGCCAGGGCCUGGCACGAAAGAGUUCUUCCCACCCAGACCAACGUGCCAUCCUGUACGAGGAUACAGCCUACAACAAGCGCAAAAUUGCCAAUCUCCUUCAGGCACUUCAAGGAUUCCAAAAGGCUGCCCAAGUGGCUCCACUCUGGGUGGAUGCACUGCCUUCGCUGACGUCACGAACGCUGGCAAAGUGCCUGUCAGUGGGUCCUGAGGCUGGCCAGUUUCCGGACUUGGCCGAUGCGCUCGAGUUCUUUGAGCAUGCUUUUGACCACGAGCAAGCUCGGAAGGAGGGGCGGGUCACGCCCAUGCCUGGCGUAGACGACGACUAUGAUGAGGCCAUGCGGAGCGUCAAGGAGGCCAACAAGGCCCUGCAAGACUACCUGUCCCAGCAGAGCCAGCACUUCCGCUGUAAGGCAACCUAUGUGGGAUCGGGCAAAAACCGUUUCCAGAUUGAGGUGCCCGAGUCAUGUGCCCGACUUGUGGACUCCUCGUAUCAGUUACAGGGCCAGCGCAAGGGCUACAGGCGGUACUACACUGAGGACGUGAAGCGGCUUGUAGCAGAGCUAGUCACUGCUGAGGAGGCCCAGGAGACAGCCCUCAAGGACAUCAUGCGUCGCAUCUUCGAAAACUUUGACCGCAGGCGAAGCCACUGGGAGGCAGCCAUCCACUGCCUGGCCCUGCUGGAUGGCCUGCUGUCACUGACUCGCUAUAGCGGCUCACUCACCGAUGCCUCCUGCACACCACGUUUUCUGCCAGACCAGUCACAGCCAUGCCUGAUGGUUAAAGCCGGACGCCAUCCUUGCCUACUUGAGCACCUCGGUGCAGCCAGCCUCAUCCCGAAUGAUCUGUCCCUGGGAGGAGCCAAGGAUCCCGUGCUGACCCUUCUCACUGGACCCAACAUGGGCGGCAAAUCCACUCUCAUGCGCCAAGCUGGUCUGCUUGUGAUCAUUGCCCACAUGGGAGCUCGUGUGCCAGCAGAUGCCUGUGAACUGACCCUUGUCGACCGCAUCUUCACCCGGUUGGGGGCAAGCGACCGAAUCACUUCUGGCGAGAGCACCUUCUUUGUGGAAGUGAACGAGACUUCAGCAAUCUUGCAACAUGCCACCCAACACUCCCUGGUGUUACUUGACGAGCUGGGCCGGGGUACGUCCACGCACGAUGGCAUGGCCCUGGCACAUGCAGUGGUCCAGGAGCUGGCAUCGGCCAUCCGCUGCUGCACGCUGUUCUCGACCCACUACCACCACCUGGUGCAGGGCUUCAGGCUCCACCCGGCUGUGCAGCUGGCCCACAUGGCAUGCAUGGUGGAAGAUGAAAAUGCAGAAGACCCGACACAGGAGACCAUUGUGUUCCUCUACAAGUGUGUGCCAGGCCCUUGCCCCAAGAGCUAUGGCUUCAAUGCUGCCAAGUUGGCAGGUGUCCCACAGCAGGUGAUCAGGACAGCCUUCGAGAAAUCUAGCCGCCUUGAAAAGUGCAUCCAGGUGGCUCGUGCUUGCUGAGACACCGCCAGUAUUUGAAUCCAUUGAUCUUGCAAUAAAGUGACCUGAGCAUUACAAA